AUGUCGAGGCGGCCAUAUUUGAUACUUUUCUCCCUGUGCGAUAUUUCGCCUUCAGUUUCUUUGUUGAACGUACACCAAGCCUUUCCAAGUUUUAUUCACACCUGCAAUAUUCUCGAAUCGACAUAUUCUUUUCUCCUCCGUCUCUUUUCUUCUCGCCCGAUUCAUGAUGCCGUUAUUCUGGAGACACGCCGUUUGGCGUCGUCUCUUCAUUCUUACAUCACUUUCCACGCGGCACAAAUGGUUAUCCUUUCUUUUCAGUUUGAGUCUGAAUCUUUAUCUCGUAUGUUUUCUUUUCUUAUUAUUUCCUCAUUUUCAUUUUCUUUUCUUAUUAUUUCUCUUUUCAUUUUUUUCUUUUUAUUUCCUCUCGUUUCAUUUUUUUCUUAUUUUUUCCUCUCUUUUCAUUUUCUUAUUUCCUCGAUGUUGAUUUAUUUUUCUAUAUCGCUCUUUAUCUUUCACUUUUCCUCUGUUGACUUAGCCUCUUCUUUUCUCCAUUUGUUUCUCUACCCUUCUACUCUCUCAACCCAUUUUUCUCCAGAUUCUUUUUUUCUUAAUUUUUUCUCUUUUCAAAUUCCUCUGCACACCUCUCUCUCUCUCUCUCUCUCUAUUUCUUUCUAUCUCUCUAUCUCUCUCUCUAUUUCUUUCUAUCUCUCUCUCUAUUUCUUUCUAUCUCUCUCUCUCUUUCUUUCUCUCUCUCUCUAUUUCUUUCUCUCUCUCUCUCUCUAUUUCUUUCUAUCUCUCUCUCUCUUUCUUUCUAUCUCUCUCUCUCUAUUUCUUUCUCUCUCUCUCUCUCUCUCUAUCUCAUUCUAUCUCUCUCUCUUUCUCUCUCUCUAUUUCUUUCUAUCUCUCUCUCUCUCUCUUAUACGUUACAUCACCUUCCUUUUUUUUCCUCAUUUUCUCUCUAACGCUUCAACGUUUCAUUUUAUUUCAGUAACAUUUUCUCGCUUUCAUUUUCUAUUUUCCAUAAUUUGA